GCUUAAAUCCUGGAGACGGAGAUUGUCGCUGGGUGGGCCGGAAGUGACGCCAAUUGAAAAGCUGGGCGCGGGAAUCGAGGUGGGCGGAGGCGGCUGCAGCCUUUGCCAGCCCUGACAAGUUGCACGCUUUGGGAGUUACCCUUCAACAGUCAUGGAGUCCCUGGAAAAAGAGGGAAGUGUCAUCUGGAUUGAUGACGAUGAAGCUGAGAGUUCCUUGGGGAGUUGUAUUUUGUUGGCUGAUGAUGCAGAAGAGAUUCCCUUGAAAAGGGAGAACACAGAAGAAGCUGUGGAUGAAGAGGUGAUAGUUACUUUCUGCAAGAGAGCAAAAGUGAUGCCCCAUGCGAGAUAUGACUGCCCGACCCACCCCUUUGAGCAAGGGGAAUGUGAAACAUCUUGCCCCCUUGGGAGAAACGCAGAGACAUGCAGCGAGUGCUACUGCUACAUUUGUGAUAAGGUUGCUGCAGAGUGUAAAGAUUGGGUGACGCCUUCGUUUUGCCAUUGCAAUGCACACAACAAAAGCAAAUUCUGGAAGGAUCAGUGGAAUUCUGCUCUCACUGGCAGUCUCUCUCAGUUCAACUUGGAGCUCUCAGAAAUAGAUGCCGAUAUCCAGCACGGGGGGGUACUCCUGCAGAAAUUCGUGCAUGAUGUUUCUGUGGAAUAUAACAAGUAUCUGUCUGGAAAUAGAAUUGCUCCAGACUUCCCCAAAUGCCUUUGCCAUCGGAAUUUGCGUCCUGGGAAGUGUGAAAAAUGCAGCUCCUACCCUUUGUAUACUGUGCACAGUUAUGCUUCUGUUUCUGAACUCGUAACAGCCUUUCUAAAUCUGGCUGAGAAAGAGAGACCCAAAACAGAGGUCAUCAUGCUUAUGGGAGCAACCAGGGAAAUCGCACUCCACAAGGACCUCACUCCCUUUGCGCAAAACGUUGGUCACUUGGUGUCGCUGAGCCAGGCUGUGCCUUGUCUAAUGUCCAGGAUCACAAGACGACUUCAGAGGCUGCUGGUGCUGAAUGACUUUCCAAAGCCUUUGUAUAACAAGCUCACCGGGUUUUACCACUCCAUUCCUUUCCCAGUUCACUGCCAUAUCUUCUCAAAUAGCCUGAAUUUCGCUCCCUGGGAUCACUGUUUGCUGAUCUCCGUCUUGAAAGGACAAAAUGUUACUGGCCAACGGACACUGAAAGGGAAGAAAGAAUGCCUUUGUGAAACAGUUGCUGUAGUAGAGGCACGAAUUGAAAGGAUGGAAGGUUGCAGGCAAUACAAGGAGCUGAUCCGUUAUUUGAAGGUGGUGAAAUGCAAUGAUUCCAAGUGGUUACAGAAGUGGCAGGACAAGGUCCCCUUCUACCUGUGCAAAAGUGGAGAUUUUGCUGGUGCUGCACAGUCACUGUUUAUCGUCUACUCCAGAAGCUCCUGUGCGGCCUGCCGCCUUUCCCUGCUCCAAUUCGAGGUCUACCUGAAGAUGUUCCGAUCAGGACAGGCUCCCUUUGGAAAUGACAUGGAGGGCUCUGUGCUGUGGGGUCCAGCGGGCAAGUAUCCUUCAGUCUCGUUAUUGCUUCUGCUGGCUGGUGUGAUUUUUAGGUGUCCCCUCUUUCUAGGCACUCCCAUGAAACUACCUGUUCUGCUCAAACAGAUGUUCAAGCUGUUCUACUGCAACAUAUCAUUGUAUACAAGUCCCAAAUGCUGGAGUUCUGUGAUCAAAAUUUUUGCCAGCCACCCUGUUGUGGGAGCAGAUGGCAGCCUGGCAGCCAUCACUUUAAAAGAACCAUCCCAGGAAUUCCAGCAGGUGGUCUCUGAAGAGUCAUGCUACAUUGUUGAACAACUCACCCAAACCCCCCACUCUAAUGUUACCUUCUCAAAACACUUUGGCCAAGAUUCACCCUUGGAAGCUGGGCUCAUUUUUGUGGUCCAGGCAGUUCGGCAUAUGAUCCUGAUGGAACACAACUCCCUGUGCUCCUUCUUAGAAAUUGUGCUGGCUUUCGGGAAUAACCUCUGGGCUCUGAAGCUUCUGCUGGAGUCUCUGGCUUAUCACGAGAAGGCUGUCCGUAACAUUGUUGCCUUGCUUCUUGCAGACCUCUGUUGCCACAAAACAGAAAUGUUGGGAUUGUGGCAACACUGGGGUGCUCAGUAUGUGGGGGAGCUGCUGUGCCUCUUCCUGACGUCCAGGGAUAGAAACCUACCAUCAGUCGGCAUCUCCAUCAUCAAUAUUAUUGUGGAAAACCUGCCAAUGUGUCCGUGGGCAAAGCAGGUUAGCAAAUUCCUUCAAAAAUCAACAAAACCAUUUGGCUGGGCAGAUUAUGAAGUUUCCACCUUUAUAGCCAUUUCACAAUCUUCCUUAUGCCUGAGACUCCCUAGGGUCAACCAGCUUCCCUCACCUUUCGCUACUUCUGAGCAGCAAAGCUCUGGAUGACGUGCACCACUCCGCUCCUCGAUCAAGGAACUGUGAAGCCACUUUGCACAAUGCAGUUCUGGAGGGUUUUGGAGGAAACAUGUGUUUGGGAGUUGUGGUUGAAUUUCCCUGUGGAACUCUCCAGGAUCAAAAACAGGCAAAAACUGUGGCCGUCCUGAUGCUGAUGACCUCCAACUCCCAUAAUCCCUGUCGGUUGCCUGUGCUUGCUGGGGCUGAUGGGAGCUGGAAUCCACCGGCACCUGGAGGACCACAGGUUUCCCACUCCUGAUCUGGAAGGUUUAGAGCAGUGAUGGCCAAACAUCCCUGACCACUGGUCCUCUUAGCUAGGGAUGAUGGGAGUUGUAGUCCCAAAACAACUGGAGGGCCAAGUUUGGCCAUCACUGGUUUAGAGAAUACAGAGGUUUAUUGCUGAGAGGAGAAAGCAACAUGAAACUUCCUCCCGCAAGAGCUGUUAUAGACCUGUGCUAUCUAUAACCAACCUACAUGAACUCCUCUCUGUCCGUAUGUGAUGAAUCUCAAGAAAGUCUCACCCGUGAAGACCAUAUGAAGCCUCCUAGUUGGAUGCAUGAGGCCUCUGCCCUGUGUUUGGCGCAGGUAGUCACACAGCACAUGGAUAGAUUUUUGCCAUGGUGUGUUCUCUUCUUGCAUCUGGGUUUGCCGGGUUAACCCAGAGCACAGCACCUGCCCCCCACGUUAUUUUUGUCAGCCCUUCUCAAGCAAAUGAGGGUGAAGGUGUUGAAUUAUGCCUGUGGUACCAAAUGUCAAAGCAGAAGCUGCUUCUCCAUGUCACACUUUAAGGCCUUUUUCUGCAGUUGUGUUUUGCAAGCCAAUGAAAUGCACACAAGAGGAAACGUGCCCUCCCAGUGAAUUGUUCUGUUUCUAUGGAAUUCACUUUGUUUCCUUCUGGUCUUUUCUUUAUGAAAGCAAAACUCAAGUUGGCCUGGUUAGGAAAGUUGUUUUGCAAACACUGUUUUCUCUUCCCCUUUAUUAUUUUUCAAG